ACUGUUAAUGGUGUAUUCUUUUAGAUCUAUAGGUUAGGUCUGAUUGCAUGAUCUAGAAGAAUAUCUCACAUGUUGAGUCUGCUGAACGCAUCCGACUUGUCCAAUUACUUCUGUCUCCCAUUAUUAGGACAACCCUACGAAACCGCUUAGAGAAGAAUAGAAUAAAUCUAAAUAUAUUUUAUAUUUACAUAUAAUUAGAUUUAAUAAUGGGGGACGCCACUUUCCUUGAAGUCGACGACUCUAUUAGGACCAAGAAUUUAUUAUUAUUUGAUAAAGAUAGGGAUACUUUAAAUCAACAGAUGGAUGAAUUCAUGAAACAAUUGGACACAACUUCAUCUAUCCUUGUACAACCUAUUCCUGGUAUCUGUGUGAAAGCCAAAACGGUUAACAAUGACAAAGUUUUUGUCAAUGUAUGCACAUCCGAUAAAAUUCCACCUCCUGAGGAUAUAUCCGAUACUAGAUUACUUGAACUUAUAGAUGAUGAAGUACCUGCUUACACCAUACCAAUGAGUAUUGGCUUUGAAAGGAUGGAGAUGGAUAAAUCUGGUAAGCCCAGUGCAACAUACGAUGUUAUGAUAAAUACAGUGUAUCUUAAAAAAUGUCAGGAAAAGAAACAUUUCAUGGCAUUUACCACGUUAGUCAUAUUAAGUGGUAUAGCAGAUAAGUUUAAUAAAGAGAUUGAUACAGAAAAUUAUGUUAUUCUUAAAAAUCGUACAGUAAUGGGAAAACUUCAACAACACAGGAUAGAAAAUCGCAAGCCCAAAAAGCUAGAAGGCCCUAAAUCAUUAAUCGAGGAAAUUUCGCCAAAGAAAAAUUUGACGAUGAUUUCCAAACAACCCAAUAAAAAGCCUGAUAUACGAGUUAGCGAUAUAACAAAAACGGAUUAUGUAAUUUUAAGAAAACCAGCGAAAGGGCUAACUGAGCGUUUAAUCGCUUUAUUCAACAUGCCAAAAAGCGUUAGUCACAAAAUUAAUUUCAGUCGAGGAUAUAGUAGUAUUAAUCAAUUCAGAUCGCGUAAAUGUCACAGAUGAGAAAGCUUGCUAUUCAUAUGAUGUUUUACUUCCGUAUACACUCAAAGUGGAUAAUGCAAAAGCUUUUCUGGAUUACAAUAUUGGGGUGAGAACUUAUUCUCUUUUUUUAUAUUAGAUUAUAUAUCUUUAUGUGUGUGUGUAUAUAUAUCCAUGUAUAUUAUCUUAUUUUUCAGGUGUUGCGAAUAGAUAUAUUAAUAGAACAAAGAUAAAAUAAUGUUGAAAAAUAGUUGUUCUCUACUUUGAAAGAAAUUUAUUAUUUUUAAUAUCAUGAAAUAAUUGAAGUACGAUUCUAUUGUAUCUUGGUAUUUCUAAUGUGCAUUAAUGAUUCUAAUAAAAUGAUUUUAAGAAAA